UCACCGCCCUCUCCUACCUCCUCACUUGCUCUGUGCUCCUUUUCCCCACAAGCUGCGUUGAUCUGCCUUUCCAGCGGAUGUUUUGCACAUUCUUUAUCCGUUUUUCUCUGUUUUUGUGACCUAGAAAGCUACCUGAAGUCGACAUGGCUCCAGAAAAGGAAAGCAAUGGGCUUGACAACUUCGCAUUUACGCUCAUGGGGAGUGACUGUGACCUGCAAGACCCAAAACAUGGGGAAGAAGUUGACUCCUCCAUGGAUGAUGAGCGCAGCAAGCUGGUCUAUUGCGUAACAGAUGUACCGCCUUGGUACUUAUGCGUCCUUCUUGGUAUUCAGCACUGCUUGACGGCGUUUGGAGGCAUCAUUGCCAUCCCGCUGAUACUUUCUGAAGGCCUGUGUCUUCGACACGAUGCCCUCACACAAAGUCAUCUUAUCAGCACCAUCUUCUUUGUGUCUGGCAUCUGCACUCUGCUCCAAGUCACCUUUGGCGUCCGACUGCCGAUUCUCCAAGGGGGGACGUUCACUUUGCUGGCACCGUGUAUGGCGAUGCUGUCCACGCCAGAGUGGACGUGUCCUGCUUGGACACAGAACGCAACCCUUGUCAACACGUCCUCCAGUGAAUUCAUAGAGGUGUGGCAGAGCAGAAUGAGAGUAGUUCAGGGAUCCAUUAUGGUGGGCUCGCUCUUGCAGGUGGUUGUUGGAUUUUCUGGUCUGAUUGGCAUCUUCAUGCGCUUCAUUGGACCCCUCACCAUUGCCCCCACCAUCUCUCUCAUUGGACUGUCUCUUUUCGACUCUGCUGGCACCAGUGCUGGGAACCACUGGGGUAUUGCCUCCUUGACCACAGCACUGAUCAUCGUUUUCUCGCAGUACCUUCGUCAUAUUCCUGUAUCUUUCCCAACAUACAGCAAGGAUAAAAAAUUACACACCCACCGUGUUUACGUCUUCCAGAUUCUCCCUGUUCUGCUCGGAAUCGGCUUGUCCUGGCUGCUCUGCUAUGUUUUAAGUACCUUUAACGUACUUCCCUCUGACCCUGGCCAGUAUGGGUACCUGGCUCGUACGGACUUAAAGGGAGAUGUAGUGAGCAAAGCCCCCUGGAUCUUGUUCCCCUAUCCUGGUAAGAAGAUGUUACACGUUAAGAACAGGCUAAUGAUUGCAUUUAUACACACCAAGUCCCUCCCUGUGUACUUAGGUCAAUGGGGGAUGCCCACUGUCAGCCUGGCAGGGGUGGUUGGCAUUUUGGCAGGUGUGAUUUCCUCCAUGAUCGAGUCUGUUGGAGACUACCAUGCAUGCGCCAAGUUAUCGGGGGCUCCACCUCCACCUAAACAUGCCAUCAGCAGAGGGAUUGGAAUAGAGGGGCUGGGGUGUCUGCUGGCUGGGGCCUGGGGGACAGGAAAUGGUACCACCUCCUACAGUGAGAAUGUCGGAGCCCUUGGCAUCACAAAGGUUGGAAGUCGCAUGGUGAUUGUCGCUGGGGGCAUCUUCAUGGUAGCCAUAGGUGUGUUUGGCAAAGUGGGAGCCAUAUUUGCCACCAUCCCAACACCCGUCAUCGGGGGGAUGUUCAUGGUUAUGUUUGGGGUCAUUUCUGCGGCAGGAAUUUCGACUCUUCAGUACACAGACUUGAAUUCAUCUCGCAACAUCUUCGUUUUUGGUUUCUCCAUGUUCUCGGGUCUGGUUAUACCUAACUGGAUAUUAAAGAACCCAAGAGCUAUUUCUACAGGUGUGGCUGAGCUAGACCAGUUGCUGCAGGUUCUUCUAACAACAAGUAUGUUUGUUGGAGGCUUCUUUGGCUUCUUACUAGACAACACAGUUCCAGGAACCAAGCAGGAACGAGGCAUCCUGGCUUGGAACAACGCCCACGAGGAAAGCACCAGCAACACACUGGACAGUGAAGAAGUCUACAGUCUUCCUUUCGGCCUGAGUUCGUACUUUUCGUCCUCGUCGUGGAUCCGUUACGUACCAUUCUGCCCACCUGCUGUGCCAAAAAGCUCUGAUGGAUGUGGAGCAAACGCGACGUCUGAAGAACCGACGCUUCGACAUCCGGAGCCUUCACACAUCAUCAAUGGAGUUGAUCUUUAAGCGGGGUCACCUCACACAAGCGACCCAUUUUUGGGAGAUUCGCAUGUACAAACAGUGCCAAUAGAGACACUUCAAUUCGAACCUUGGAUUCAUAAUAUAAUUUAUGAUGAAAUAUGUUGCAUUUUAUGAGCAACUUAAUGUAUUUGUCCCCAAACAGUUUUAUGCAGUAUAAUAGAGCUUAUAACUUUCAAAUAUUUACAGUGACUUUUUGUUAGUGUUUAUUUUGAACAGUAUGGCAAUACACUCUUGUGUUCAGAUAGUAGAGUAAUAAUUGGUGUUAUUGUACUGUAGUUCAUUGUUUUUGUUUGUAAUUGCCUACUCAGCCGCUAGAGGGCGGCAUGGAUCCGUAAAACCAACAAUACUGGGGCACUUGAUCAUUACUACAGCAGGUUUAAAAAUGUUUCUCUCAGUUAUAAAACCGUCCACUUUUCUAAAAAUGUUUUUAUAUGUUUUAAAAUCGUUUCAGUUCAUCCAGAAGAACAUUUGUAAGGUCAGAAGUCACCGAAAGAGGGGUAUGAUGGCUCACAAUUUUUUUUUUUCCCACAAGUUUUACUUUUAAUGUCUUUUCUGCUCUGCAACCACAUCAUUUCCCUAUUGCGGGAUGAAUAAAGUCUAUCUUAUCCUACCCUAUUCUAUCCCUAAAGGUAUUUAAUGGGGUUGAGGUCAGGGUUCUGUUAAGUUUUUUUUUAAAGAAUAUGCAUACAGUUACAAUAUGAUACAUAUAUUGAACAUAUUCCCAUUUUCCUCAUUACAAUGUGUCUGAAAAGGAGUAGAAAGAAGCAAAUCUUAUUUAAUCUUGCCCCUUUUCCACUUUAUAUAACGAUUACUAACACAUCUGUUCCCUUCCUGAUCUCAGUUUGUACCACAAUUGAAAUCAAUGAAUAAUAAAUGCAUACAACUAUAUCACACAUAUACUAUACAACAUCCCCGCGACCCUGAGAGCGACAAGCGGUAGAAAAUGGAUGG